GCGAAAUUUCAAAUGUCGUAGAAACAAACAGCAGCACGUCAGAGAGAGGAACAUGCUAGGUGUUAUCUGAAGAGGUUGAUUUAUAUAAAGCCAAUCAAACUGUCGAUCGAUACGAUAGAUUAUCGGAAACAACCACUUAAAGGACUUAUUCUGUAACUUAAUACAACAUGGAUAUCGCUGCUUAUUUACAGCGCUUUGAGGAGAGUUUGAGCUCCUAUACAGGAGACGACCCGCUGGAUCCCUGGGACAAGUUUGUGGAGUACCUGGAGCAGAGGUUACCUGCAGACGGUGGCAGCGGGAUGACGCUGGUGUUUGACACUCUCGUGCAGAAAUUUUUGAAUGUGGAGCAAUACGCAAAUGAUGUCAGAUUUGUGAACUACUGCAUCAAAUGUGCCAGUUAUUAUUCUGACCCUGUCGCGCUGUACGGUCACAUCUACAGUAAAGGCGUCGGCACCACGACUGCUGCCCUCUACGUGGCCUGGGCUCAGCAGUAUGAGCAGAAGGGGAUGAAUGAACAGGCAGAAGCCAUGUACCAGAAAGCAACGGAGAACCAAGCCCAGCCAGCUGACACUGUUCUCAACGAAUACGGGCAGUUUCAAACCAGAACCAGAAGCCAGGCAUCAGUAUCACCAGGGAGCCGGAACCCGCUGCAAAACUCCCAGUUAUCCAAUCAGAUGUCAUCUCACAGCGAGCCUGCUGCUCCAAACAAGGCCUCCGUGGAUUGUCCACCCAAACCACCGACAUAUAGAACCACCAUAACAGUGUCUCGCUCUGAGACCUCAGGGAUGAUUCCCUCCAGCCAAAGCUCCGGCGUUCAGAUGGUGUCGGAGUACAUGACAGAUGAGCUGGAGUGUGAAGGAUCUGAAUUUUGCUUUGAGGAGAUCCGAGCAGAAAAAUACUUCCGUAAGCUGCGGGAGAAGCAGGCGAUGGAGAGCAGAGAAAUUAUGGAGAAGAGGCCGAGUGAGGCGGACGAGGGCAACCUGAGCAUGGACUGCAGUUUGGAGAAAGUGAACGAGGAUCUGGAGGUCUGUGGAGGUUUAACCAGCCAGCCUUCAUCCCAGAGGCUGUCUGCAGUAGAAACAGCUACCAGUCUGUUCCCGAAUCCUACCCAGCAUUCCUUUGGGCGUCCUCGACCCUCGAACCGUCUGAGCAGCAGGCGCUCUCUUGGCUUGAGAUUACACACCGAGCCCGCCUUCAUCCAAGAGACCGCCGCCGUCCCCGAGCCGCCUCAACAGCAUCUCAACGCCGGGGCUGCUGCUGACACAAGCCCUCUGAGCUCAAAGGUAUCCCAUCAUGCCCCAGUCCUGGCUGACAGGAGCGUUCAUUUACCACAAUCUGCACCGACGUCGUCGGCGUCUGCCGUCCGGACCUCGAUGGUUCAGCAGCUCGUCGGCUUCGAGCAGAUGAAGCUGUCGCUCCACAGACCCGCCGGCAUCUCGGCUGACGUUCUCCGCCAGGACGAUGGCGUCCAGCCGAGCAGCGCGGAGAACAACAACGCCAGACAUCAGGAGGUCGUUCAGCCAGCGGAGCUCGAGGAGAAGUUCAACAUGUCUCAGGGAGCCACAGCCAACCUGUCUCACAUCACUCCCAACACCUCGCUGGGCUUCGUUCAGGCCACGCCGUCCAAGGCGCUGCCGUCGCCCACCGUCAACACGCGAGAAGCGCUGGAUGUGAUCAUGGACAUGUUCCAGGCCCCGACUCUGCUAGAGGACCCGUUCAGCAACACGUCAGCGCUCCACGCCGCUGAGACGGAGUUUGACCCCGGCUACCCAAGAAAUGGAGGCGUCUCGUCUUUCAGCAAGCCGUCGACCACGGCGGCGUUCACCGUCUUCCAGGACGACACUGACAAAGAAAACGGCAGUGCUGCUGCUCCAUCUGCGGUUGAGAAGUCUAAUCCAAUCAGAGCACUGGCAGAGAUCCCGGUUUCUAACAAACCGAAUGAGACCCCUCAGGACCUGAUACCAGACGAGAGCACCAUGUGGGGCGCUCGCUACAACUCCCUCAACUCGCUGGCCGCUUGUCCCAACAGCACCUCAGACUUCGCCAUGUUGGCUCAGUUUGUCUCCACGCCGUUCACACACAAGACGCCGUUCAACUUCUACGAGGAGGACCAAGAGAACAAAGGUGAUGGAGAAGAUGCUGACGGCGAUGCUUUAUUCAGACGUCAGACGAAAAAACUCAGCCCCAUCAUGGAGCAGAGUCCGUCUAAUGACACCGCCCUCAGUCGGAUCGAGCCUCCUUCCGCGGGACACGGCACCAUCGUGGGUGAAGUGCUCGCCACGGCCCAGCACUGCCUGACCACCUCCUCCAUCACCAUGGUGCAGCCUCCCCCUCCCACUGUCCUCUCCUUCAGAGACCAGACCCUGUGUCCCACCGACUCCUCCGUCUACAGGACCACGGCGGCGCCCGGCUGGGAGGUGUACACCAGCCCAGAGCAGCCGCCCAAACACGCCUCUCUGCUCGCACAGCGGCCCGAGAGCUCGGUCGGACCCCGAAGUGAACCUUUUAGCAUCAUGGAGGAUUUAGAGAAACCCGCCAGUCCAGAACGCGUCCAAGUUCCUGAUGUCCCCAUGAGCCCAGAGUGUGCUCUCCCCUCAGACUGGCUGGCCGCCACAAGCCCUAAGCUCAGAGUGGAGCCGGACCUGGACGCCUUCCUGAGUCCCCAUCUACUCAAUAAAGUGGACUUUGUCCCCAACAGGACCCUGGACGUCCCCAUGAGUCCACAGCAGCAGCCGCCGCUCUGUGCCGCUGACGUGCCCAUGAGCCCGGCGCAGCCACCACAGUUCAGCACUGAGGAUGAAGCCAUGAUGAGUCCAGACAGAGCACUGAGGCCGGCAGCCGCUGACGUGUCCAUGAACACAACAGCGGCGGCGGUCAAGCUGGCAUCAGAUCCCUGGGAUGAUGAGCUGAUCUCUAGUCUGCUAUCAUCACUCAGCCCGCCUCUCACCUCUCACCCCCGCUGCAUCACCUGGCAGUGCAACGUACCCAACAUCACCCCGAAGACCACCAUCAGCAUGGGAAAAGCAUCCCUGCGAGUUCUCUGUAUCCUCGGACACGGUGCUUUUGCCACCGUCUACCAGGCUACUGACCCCAACACCUCAGAGAGGAUGAUGUUAAAGGUUCAGAAGCCGGCCAACCCCUGGGAGUUCUACAUCAACACACAGCUGGACGCUCGGCUCCGGCCCGAAGUCCGUCACCUGUACAACAACAUCCGCUCCGCUCACCUCUUCCGCGACGGGAGCGUGCUGGUCGGCGACCUCCACAACUACGGCACUCUGUUGAACGCAGUGAACAUGUAUAAAACCCUGAGCGACAAGGUGAUGCCUCAGCCUCUCACCAUGUACUUCACCGUCUGCCUGCUGCACAUGGUGGAGCAGCUGCACGCCAUCCAUGUCGUCCACGCCGACAUCAAACCUGACAACUUCCUGCUGGGACAGAGGUUCUUGGACAAUAAGUGUUUUGAGCCGGACAACCUGGACCACGGCCUCGUGCUCAUCGACCUCGGGCAGAGCAUCGACAUGGAGAUGUUCCCAGAAGGCACUGCUUUCACCGCCAAAUGUUUGACGUCGGGCUUCCAGUGCACCGAGAUGCUCAGCGGGAAACCCUGGAACUAUCAGACGGAUUACUUUGGAAUAGCGGGGACCGUCUACUGCAUGCUGUUUGGGACGUACAUGCAGGUCAGAAACGAAGACGGCGUGUGGAAGACCAACGCCGUAUUCAGAAGGAACCCCCACAGCGACCUGUGGCAGGAGUUCUUCCACACUCUUCUCAACGUGCCGGACUGCGACUCCCUGCCGAGCCUGCAGAGCCUCCGCUGCAAACUGACGACGGUCCUGCAGCAGAACUACAGAAGCAAACUGCCGUCGCUCAAGAGCCGCCUGAUGGUUCUGCUGCUGGAGAACUGCAAGACGACUCGGAAAUAAUGACCCGAGACGGAUCUCCUCCUUUCAUUUCACAUUUUAACUUUGAGGAGGACUUGUACAUAUAAAAGAUUAUUAUCAAGUUGUUUUUUCUAUUUCUUUUUUAUCUGCUUUUAAAUUGUUUGACUUCUGGGAUGAUGACCAAGAAGAAUAAAGUGUUUGAGUUCAGAAGA